CGCGAAUUUGACGUUUGCUUAUGCGUUAGACAAAUUGAAUUCAAAGAAAAAAAUUAUUCGGUUACGCACGCGUCGUGAAAAGAAUUUUGCUUUAGAUUAUUUGUGAAAAUAUAUUUAAAUAUCAAUUGUAUUUUAAUAUUUGUGUUUAAAUUUGUGACUACAAUACUAUUUGGAAAAAGGAUGGAAAAUAUAUUUGACGAUAUUGACUUGGAGGACUGUCCAACAAUGUCUUCAACUCCUGCAAAAGAGCAAUUACAUUUGAAGCGACGAAACUUUAACACAUCUGGUUGCUACAAUGCAGAGGCAAGCAUUUCAAAACAACCUGUGGAAGGAAACGAGGUUAUUGACAUGUUAACGACUAUUUCUAAACAACUUGACUUGACGACGAGGGUAUGCAAUUUGGAAAAUAAAAUCGAUAAGCAUGUGAAAGAAAAUAUUAUUCAUAAAAGUGAAGAAAUGGCGCAACAAAAAACGAUCCGUGAAUGCAAGGUCCUCAUCCGCAAAAUUCAUCAAUCGGUAUGCCGAAUGACUGGUGAAGAAGUCGACAACGAUCAAACCGAAAUCGCUUCCACCCUCCCAUUAAAUACGCUUGCUUCAGCUUUGGAAAUGGACGAAAAAUUAAAAUGCGACGAAUUUGCUGCUGCAACGAAACAAUUCGAUUUGCGACUAAAAGGUACUUCAGAUAGUGUACAUGAUGUGUUGCGUAGUCUGUACACUGAUGAACUUGUUUAUUUAUGUAACUGGGACGGUAGGGGUGGGAAGCAACCUCUCUCCAAAUUCCUGCUAGUUUCCAACAUUUUAUACGAUUCAUUUAUAACUUAUGGAUUGGCAACAUUUGAAAAACAAGUUCGAAAAGCCUUUGGAAUUAGCCACCAUAGACACAAACAAAGGAUUUAUAGAAAGAGAAAAACUGAGGAGUGAAUCAUAAUUUAUUAUUUAACAAUAAAUUAUAUGUAUCUAUUAUAUUACUAAACAUAAUUUUUUUAAAACACUAAAUUUUAAAUUUAAAGCAAUGUGAAGUAUGAAUUGAAUUCAAAAUAACAAGUUUUUGUUAAAAAUUAUCUGAGAAAAAAAUUAAAUAUGAAAAAAAAAAUCUUUUAUUUUGAGAUUCGAACAUGAGCCUCACUGAUUACCAAGCCGUGUGAUUAACGACUAGGCUAAUAUAGCAUGCAUCGACGCGCUUUCCUAAAAGCAGUUUUCUCCACUUGCCUUCAAUUUCAACAAAGUGUGAGAAGGGACGAUAUAGUUUUAUUGUAGCAGAAAGCGUAUGCUCAAGAAGGUGACAAAAAAUCACAUGUAUACAAAAGUUUUGGGAGGUUUUUUGAAUUGCCCUUAAGAAUGUGAUAGGAAAGUGUGACAAUUAAACCGGCACGCGUUACCGGCAUGUCACUAGGUAACAUGACCGUCACUGUUCUAACAGGGAACUCAUACAUCACUACACAUGCAAAGUUUUUCAGCUUUUACCAACACAUACACAAUAGUAACUUUUUGUAGUUAAAGUGCCUUGGAGACGAUCAAAUAAUUGCGUCAAACACUUUAAGUGUGUUGGUGUCGUCGGCUCUCGUCGGCUACACGUACGCUACACCGACCUGUUGUCGGCUCUGUUUGAUGAAAAUCAAAAAUUUUUGAUAUUUCUAUUUGAUGGACGAUAAUUUGAUCGUCUCCACUCAUGUUUGACAAGCAUGAGCUCAUUUGCAGGGAAGAUUUCAAGCUGAGAGGACAUAGAAAAGUGAAGUAAAGCGAAGCGGAAAAAAUAAAAUAAAAUAAAAAAAACAAAAUAAAUAAAUUAAAUUAAGUUAAAUUAAAAAAAUAAAAUAAAAUAAAAUUUAAAAAAAAAAAUAAAAUAAAAUAAGUUAAAAUAAAAA